AUGGUAUCUAUGGGAUAUCCAGCGAUAUCUGGUCCCAAAUCCCUUAAUGAUAGGAUUGCUAUUGUCGGGGCUGGGAUCGGUGGAGUACAUAUGGCGUCUCUACUCAAGGAAAGAGGUUUCAAAAACAUAAAAAUUUUUGAACAACGACAGGAAGUUGGAGGAAAAGCCUAUUCCCGAUUUUACAGAGGAGUUUGGAAUGAAUUUGGAGCACUUUUUCUGAGCGAUAUCUAUGACCAAGUAGCCAAACUGGUAGAGAGGUAUACUCCUCGCCUCAAAAUCGUAUCCAAAGCCCCAUCUUCUGUAUCAGUGAAUGAUAACGAAUUUACUACCUGGGGGAACCUUUUGAUUCAGAAUACAGGGGAGACGUCUCCACAGGCUGCCAGCCGCAGGAUCCAAGAUGCUGUGGCGAGGUACGAUAGAAUCCACCGCUGUUUGUUUGGAAACUAUUCCUUCGAACUUAUGCCUCGACCAACUCCCAAAGUUCUCCAACAAAUUCAAGGAACUGUCCAGGAUUUCUUACAUCGGCAUGACCUUAUGUUAUUGGCACCUAUAUUCAGAACCUUUCUGACAGCAAAUGGAUACGGAUAUAUCAACGAGACUGCAGCUAUAUACGGUUUGGUUUGGUUGCCACCAGUAGCAGUUAAAGGCGUUUUUACACCCGAAAAUGGAUUCUGGGUUUUACUAGGAGCAUUUCAAUCGAUUGUAACCGAGAUUGCCAGACAAAAUAAAUUACAUAUACAUCUAGGAGCCAACGUCAACGGCAUUCAAAGACUACCUGGUCCUGGAGGCAUUCAUAUAACUUACUCAACGAAGGGACAUCCAAAUAUUUAUACUGAGCAUUUUGAUUUUUUGAUACUUUCCCCAGCGAUGAAUUCUUUGUUGGAUAUAGUGAAUUUCAACGUAAAGGAAAGGAGUAUCUUUAGUCGACUGACGAAUGCAAACUACAUCUUAACUCUGGUCGAAUCCGACAUUGGUAGACGCGGCAAUGAUCCUCAGGUGUACUACAACGAUGCCAUUGAGCAGCCCACGUAUCCCGUAUAUGCCGGUAUUAAUUUCUACCAUGCAAAAAACAAUAUCAGUGGUGAUGACCAUCGCCUUGGGAUUCGGGAAAAUGGUCCAGAUGGGCGUCCACAGGAAACUGUUAUGUAUUAUCAGUACGGCUAUGAAAAUCCUUGGGCAAAGGAUAUCGAUGUUAUCAUCCAGUCCAAGUUAGCCUCAACCUUGAAGAGAUUAGAUAAGAGGAACCCAAGAGUUCUGGAACAAAUAAAAUGGGGAUAUUAUUUUCCCAGGUUUCCCCCCAGAGAGGCCGACCGUGGCUAUCUUUGGGAUGUAUUAGAUAUGCAAGGUCAGUUCAACACGUGGUACAUAGGUUCCUCCGUCUGUUUUGAAAGCAUGGAAAGCGUGAUCGAAUACAAUAAUCUGAUAAUGAGAAUAAUGAAGAUAUAA